UUACCAAAAGAUUAACAAAAGAAAAUUUCAAAGACUAAUCCAUGUUAAAAUUAAAAACCAGUUACAUAUUUGCAUGGCCAGUAUAUACAAUUUUUUGGUCCACGUUGUUCAGAAGUAAAGGUAAUUCCAUUCCUAUUAGACUAUUAUGUCCCAGGUGGUCUCUUUCACCCAGCAGGAUGCAAAUAUAACUUCUUGCUCUUCUAACAAACAGAAUCAUUUGAUACACGAUCUUUUAUGAGACACAACUGUUACACAUAUUUUUAAUACUCUGAUGCUGAAGGAUGCCAGGAUCUCUUAGUUACUUACAAGAAGCAGCAGAUUUUAAAGUUUACUGUUUUCCUGAUUACAAUGCCUCUUGUCUCAAAAAUCCUCACAAUGUGGCAACUCAAACUGUGUUGUAUUUUAUACUGGUGUUUGCAAUGACUAUUACAAUUAUAGGGAACUCUUUUGUCAUCAUAUCUAUAGCUCAUUUUAAACAACUUCAAACACCUACAAACAUUUUGGUGAUGUCUCUAGCACUGGUGGAUCUACUUCUGGGAAUCACAGUCAUGCCGUUCAGCAUGAUCAGGUCUGUGGACGGCUGCUGGUACUACAGCAAAGAAUUCUGCUUUUUACACUCUAGUUUUGACAUGUGCCUCACUGGAGCAUCUAUUUUCCAUCUGAUUUCUAUCGCAAUCGAUCGAUAUCAAGCUGUGUGCUAUCCACUUCAGUACCCUACAAGAGUGACUAAACCUGUUGCAUGGUUUAUGGUAGCUGUGAGUUGGACUGUAGCAGUAGUGUACUCUUACAGUCUCUUGUUAACAAAAGCAAGUGUAGACAACGGAUUCACAGAUUGCUUGGGAAGUUGUAGCCUUUUUAUGAAUGCACUAUGGGCUAUUUUGAGUAUUGUUACAGGUUUCUUUUUACCAUGCUCUGCUAUGAUUGGUCUGUAUGCUAAAAUAUUUUUUAUUUCAAAUAAGCAUGCAAGAAAAAUUGAAGGUGUGAAGCAGGGCAGAACGGACGUGGCUUUAACCAAGUUUUCACAAAGAGCGAAACAUGAGAACAAAGCAGUAAAAACUCUUGGAAUUGUUGUAGGUGCCUUCAAUUUUUGCUGGAUGCCAUAUUUCCUCACCUCUCUACUCGAUCCUUUUAUUAACUUUGCCACCCCUAUAUUACUCUAUGAUGUCUUUGUCUGGUUGGGUUACAUUAAUUCCACUUUAAACCCCAUCAUAUAUGGCUUUUUCUAUCCUUGGUUCAGAAAAACACUGUAUCUCAUUGUUACACUAAAAAUAUUUGCUCCUCAUUCAUCUGACAUGAAAGUGUAUACAUCGUAACAACAAUUUAUUGACCUACAAACAGAGGAGGCCCAUUAGUUAGUUAUGUCUGGGAUGAAAAUAUUGAAACAAACUGUUGUAUGAUAUAUUCAAUGUGGUUAGACACACUUUGCACAGUAAUUGUUUAUUUCCUUAAUUCUAAAGGCCUGUGUCAUGGAG